AGAGACGCGAAAAAGAGCUAUGCCACGGUUAGUUCCACGUCGGCAAGCGCACGGCACGGCACGGCACGGCACCGCAGCACGUGACACGACAGACGACACAGUCACUCCCACAGCCGCCGGACUCGCAGUCGCAGAUCCCACCCCCGCCGACCGGCCGGCUUCGCUCGCCAUGGCCGCCACUGCCUCCUCCCUCUCCCACCUCCUCCUCGCCCCCAAGCCCAGACCCAAAGCUCAACCAAACCCCUCGCAUCUCCGCUCCCACAGCAUCACGAGCCCGCUCCCCUGCCGUGGGCGGCGCUCCUCCCUCGGGGUCUCCGCCGCGGCAUCCGACCUCCUCUCUCCCGCGCCCUCCCUCAAGUCCCGCCUCGCCGCCGGGGACACCCUCUACGGCCUGUUCCUCCUCUCCUUCUCCCCGACCCUCGCCGAGCUCGCCGCCCUCGCCGGCUACGACUACGUCGUCGUCGACAUGGAGCACGGGCCCGGCGGGAUCCCCGAGGCGCUCGCCUGCCUCCGCGCGCUCGACGCCGCGCGCACCCCCGCCGUCCUCCGCCUCCCGGAGGCUAGCGCCGUCUGGGCCAAGAAGGCGCUGGACCUCGGCCCCGCGGGCCUCAUGCUCCCCGCCAUCGAGUCCCCCGCGGCCGCCGCCGAGGCGGUCUCCCACUGCCGCUACCCGCCGCGCGGGGUCCGCGGCGCCGCGCACCCCAUCGUCCGCGCCUCCGCCUACGGCUUCGACGACUCCUACAUCUCCCGCUGCGAGGACGAUACGCUCGUCAUCUGCCAGGUCGAGACCGCCACCGGGAUCGCGGAGAUCGACGCCAUCGCCGCCAUCGACGGCGUGGACGUCGUGCAGAUGGGCCCGCUCGACCUGUCGGCUAGCAUGGGAUACCUGUGGGACCCUGGGAACAGGAAGGUCCGGGCGGCGCUGAGGGAGGCCGAGAGGAAGGUGCUGGAGGCCAGGAAGAAGAAGGUGGCAGCGGCCUCGGAUGGCAAUGCUGCUUACUUGGGUGGGUUUGCAAUGCAGAAUGACCCGCCAGAGCAGCUCAAGUUGAGGGGUUACCAUAUGGUGGCUGGCGCAGUGGACAUUGCCAUGUUCCGCAAGGCGGCAUUGGAUGAUGUCAAGCGGUUUCGAGAGGCAGUGAUGGAGAUCGGCGAGGAAGGUGAUGAGGAUGAGAAGGAUGAGAAGGAAAAUGACGGGUACUGGAGUGAGUGAGUGAGCAGUGUAGAACAAAGCUGAGCUGAAGCAUGGAGAGAACUGGCUGUGGGGUUUUGUUCUGGUGAUAUGUUUUUGUUCUGGGUUCAGAGGGUCUAAGCGAGAUCUUACGCCUUGUUUAGUUCGCAAAAAAUUUUGGUUUUGACCACUGUAGUACUUUCAUUUUUAUUUGACAAAUAUUGUCCAAUCACGAAGUAACUAGACUCAAAAGAUUCAUCUCACAAAUUACAGGUGAACAAUCUGUUUGGGCAUCUUAAGUAUCCCCGUUUGUAGGAUGAAACUUGGAACUGGUGGCUACCAAUAAAGUGCUGUUCUUUUUCCUCCCCCAGUUCUUUUUAACGUCUGGAGAAGUCUGGAUCGUUUCGUCCAAACGUUUGAAAUUAUAUCAUGGGAUGGGAAACACACAGGUAAUUUUCCAGGUUGUUGGUGUGGUGGGGUCCGGGCAAGCUACACGCCCAGAAUCCAGAUUGUCCAUCUCAACACUUGCUCAACCUCCACCACAGGUUCAGAUAUGCAGCUACAUCCAAUCCAAAACCAGUGGGUCCUUUGGACAUUUCUGCUUCUAAAAAGAUCUCCUUCCAGUAAUAGUAUGCAGCCUUAGGAGAAGCGAAGCUGUCUUCUAAUUCUCUCGAGUCCAUAGCUUUUGCUCUUCAUCUCUCAUGAUCACAAUGCUUGCAGCUAGUUCUGUAGUGAACAGCAACCUUGCUUGCUCAUCAAGGAUAUCAUCCUGUUCGGAUUUCACAUCUGGCCAUUCAUGGCGUCCCAUAGAGGCUGUGAAACUCCAUCGUCGUGCUGUGAGCUCAAUACGUAUAAGUUGUGCUGCUACUAAACCUGCAAAGACUCCUGCUGAAGAAGAAUGGAAAGUUAAGCGGCAACUUCUAGCGGAAAAGCGGGUACGCAGUGUUGAUGUGAAGGAAGCACUGCGCCUUCAAAAGGAAAACAACUUUGUAAUUCUUGAUGUCAGGCCAGAAGCAGAGUUUAAAGAGGCUCAUCCACCUGGUGCCAUCAAUGUACAAAUAUACAGAUUAAUCAAGGAAUGGACAGCAUGGGAUAUUGCAAGGCGUGCGGCGUUUGCGUUUUUUGGCAUAUUUGCUGGAACAGAAGAGAAUCCUGAAUUCAUACAGAGUAUGGUAGCAAACAUUGUUGCUGCUGUUUGAUUACUCAUCAAUGACACAGUAACCAGAAAAGCACGCGUUGCCUUUGUGCAGGUGUUGAUGUGAAGGUUGGGAAAAAUGCGAAGAUAAUUGUGGCAUGUUCUACAGGAGGGACACUGAAGCCAACGCAAAAUUUCCCUGAUGGGAAGCAAUCUCGGUCCUUGAUAGCUGCGUACCUGUUGGUCCUGAAUGGAUACAGCAAUGUGUACCAUCUGGAAGGAGGGCUUUACACAUGGUUCAAAGAAGGGCUACCUGCUGUUGAAGGAGAAGAAUGAGAAGGGAGACUUAUUACGACAUAGUGUUCACAUGCUGGUGACUGGAGUUGCGAGGAGAUUUCUCCUGCCAAUGCGAUGACCUGCCAGUGUGAUGAUGUCCUAGAUUUCUCGUGGCGCCUUUGUUGCCCGAACUGUCAGUGUUUUAUACUUGAGUAUGACAAUUCGAUGACUAUUAGCUUUGACCAAUAAAGUGAGCAGAAGCAUAGUUUCGUUUGGA